AUGUCUCUCCUUCCAAUAAAUCCUGCCAGAAACGCAGGAGAGGAUGAUGGAAGUGUGUGCACUCAACAGCACUGCUUUCACAGUUUCGAUGCAUUGUUCUGCGCACUCACCUCCAAGAAGCCCGUAUCUCCUAAUUUCCCUGACGAGAAAUACCCACUUUUUGUGACGUGGAAUACCCGCUCGUCUCGUCCAGGACGAGCUCCGAGACUAAGAGGUUGCAUCGGAAAUUUUGAGCCGUUACCUCUCCGGGCAGGUCUGGCGGAGUAUGCACUCAUCAGUGCGUUCCAGGAUUCAAGGUUCAGAAAGAUCGAAGAGCGGGAGCUUGAAAGCCUCGAGUGCGGCAUCUCUCUCCUGACCGAUUUUGAGGAUGCCACUUCCUAUCUCGAUUGGACUAUUGGAGUGCACGGAAUCUACAUCACGUUUCCGCACCCUUCAUUGCUUGUAUCAUCCCCGUCUUCUUCGUCCACGCCUUCUCCGCUGUCGUCAUCUCCUUCACUGCCCACUCGCAACAGCUUGAAACACACUUUCCAUGCAACGUACCUUCCGCAGAUAGCCCCAGAGCAGGGAUGGGACAAGAUCGAGACCGUCGACAGCGCUAUCCAUAAGGCAGGCUGGAAUGGCCCCGUCACCGAGGACUUGCGCCGCAGCAUCAAGUUGCGCAGGUACCAGAGUCGGAAGUGCACCGUUAGUUGGGAACAGUAUGUCCAGUGGAGGACUGCGUGCGGCGGUAAGAUGUAG